AUGAGCAUCGCUAUUGAUGACGAUGAAGAGCUCACGCGCGCGAUCGAAGAGCAGGUCAAUGAGUGGUCGAGCAACAGCAACGAGUGCUUCACUGUACAGCUUGUGCGUGGCGAUGGCUCGGUCAGCGUGUCUGCACAUCCAGAAUUCACAUAUGCCCUCUUUGGCGACGAGGAGGCUAUAUUUGGCUACCAGGACCUGGACAUCACCCUGUCCUUUCGCGCUCAUGACCUUCAACCCAAGCUGAAUGUCAAGUACGGCAAGAAGUUCGAGGAAACGGGCGAUGUACAAGCUUCGGAUGUAACACUGGGGCUCUCACAAUUCUUACCCGCGUCUGCUUUCGAUGGCAAGGCGCUUGGGGAUCCCGAACCUGGUUUCAAGCCGCCCGGCGAGAAGAUACGAGAGUACACACGUGCGGGAUGCACGUUCGAGAUCUGGUGUGCAAGUCUAGCAGAGCCGGCUGCAAGGCGAAUGCUCGAGAAUAUGCAAAUUCUUGCACCUCUGUACAUUGACGGCGGCUCCGUUCUUGAGCUUGAGCAGGAUUGGACAACGGAGCGGUGGAAGCUGUUCCUCACCUACGAGGUUGAUCACAAUGCGGGCUCGAAGAUCUCGCCAUACUCCCUGGCCGGCUAUGGAACCUCAUACCGUUCUUUCACCUUUCCGGACCGCCAGAGCGACGAGCAGUCAGACAUUUUCUCCCCCAGCUCACAGUCUGUCGAUGACUUCCUUCCCGCCGCUAACGGUGAGCCCAAUCAACUGGGAGAGCUGGCGGACUUCAAGUCUCCUCUUGAUCUCCCAAGUCGUGAGCGCCUGUCUCAGUUUCUGAUUUUACCGCCUUAUCAGGCUGCAGGGCAUGGCCAGGAGCUCUACACUGCCAUGUACAAACAUCUCACAUCACCGAAGAAUGUUCGGGAAUUCACCGUCGAGGAUCCCAACGAUGCCUUUGAUGAUCUGCGCGAUCGUUGUGAUCUCCUGUAUCUCCGCGCGAAUGUUCCCGAGUUUGCGAAUCUGAGGAUCAACACAGACGUUCCGACGGAAAAUCUGGGCAGCGACUCACUUAUCCCGGUCGAUCAAAUUGUUCCAUUGGAAGUCCGCAAGCGCAUAAGCAGAGACACCAAGAUCAUGCCACGUCAGUUUGAUAGAUUGGUGGAAAUGCAUACGCUGUCGUUCAUUCCACAAGCAAAUCGAUCGCGUAGCAGAAUUACAAAGAGAGAACAGACGAGCAACCCACACGACAAGGCAUAUUUCUUCUGGCGAUUGUAUGUGAAGCAGCGUCUUUACGUCUUCAAUCGUGAUCAGCUUGCCCAGGUGGAGCAUGCGGAGAGAGUCGAAAAGCUGGAAGCUGCGCUCGAUAGCGUGUUGGAGAAGUACGACGAGCUCAUGGAGGUUGUCGWGGCACGAGAGAAGAUGAAGGAGGACGAGGAAGGAAAUGAGGAGAGAAGCAUGAAGACUUCUAAGCGGAAGCGGAGGAUCGUGGAGGAGGAGGAUGAAGAUGAGGACGGCGAAUCAGGUGCCGAACAAGAAAUUGAUGCACUGAGCUCGAAUGGUCGCAAGAAGUCCAGAAUAUGA